AAGUAACAGGACGGUUUCUAGUAUUUGUCUUUUCAUGUGAUUCUAAAAUGGCAGCCUCCAUGUGUGGACCCUCUCCAUGUAGAAUAAAAGAAGGAUUUUAGAAGGUAACUGUAAUGACUGGAGUCUUCAUUUUAAUGUAAGUGGUAAUUACCUCUUACAUAUAUUGCACAAUUGCGAUUCAUGUCUUUAGGAGUUCAACUUUUUAAUGAGAAACGAAUAACUGAGUGCACCUUUAAAUAUGAAAUCUAUUUUCCUUUACUUGAUGCAAUGACAGUCCUCCAACACACGGGGGCAUUAGGGAGUCGCAUAAACACGCGAUAACUUUAGUGUAGAGAAGAGGUGCUGUUUAGUUCCUGUGGCUCACUUUCACAUGCAGUCUUGCUGGAAUGGAAAAGAUUUAACACAUGCUAACAUAUACAAUGUGAACACGCACGUGCUGUUUACAAUUAUACAGCUGACAGAUUAUUUUUGCUGCGUCUGAUUGUGGAGUAAUUGGGGUUGUUAUAGUUAACCACACUGUUACCUAGAUUGCUCAUGUUAGCAUUAGCUGCUUAGCUGACCAGUUUACAAUACAUGGAAAUAAUUUGUUUAGGGAAAUGCACAGUCAAAGUAAAUGUUGCUGAUUUGAACACCUAUUUGGCCAAGCAAAUUACAUGUUGAGAUCGUCCGCUAGCUCAGGUGGAAUAAAUAUUAUACAGGCAGUAUAACGUAUGAAUAAAUAAUUAUUGUAUAUGAAGAAUUGGUUGUUAGGUAGGUUUCUUAACAAAGAAUGCUAUGUAUCGCUAUAAAACAAUAUAAGGUAAAACAGUCUGUAGUCUGACUUAAUCAGUCACUAAUUAAAAACAAUUUUUGGCCCAGUAAGUCAUUCUUGUAGUAUUCUGGUGAAACUGCUUUAGAUAAAAGGUGCCAUGGAGUCCGGCGAGGAUGGGGCUGUCAGUGUUGGAUGUCCAUCAGGGGAAGAUAACUACUUCCAGGGCUACACCUUCACAGAUCGCUCCCAUUCCAGUCGUGUUGUUAAGAGCAUCAUGGACUUGUGUCUGGAAGAUGGUCUGUUUGCAGAUGUCACUGUCACUGUGGACAGCAAAGAAUUCCAGCUUCACCGCCUGGUGCUCUCGGCUCAGAGUUGCUUCUUCAGGUCUAUGUUCACCUCUAAUCUUAGAGAAGCUUAUGAUCGCAAUAUUGAGCUGAAGGAUGUCAGUGUGCCUGUCUUCCAGUCGCUGAUAGACUACAUUUACCAUGGUACGAUCAAACUACAGGUUGAUGAUCUGCAGGACACCUAUGAGAUGGCAGAUAUGUACCAGCUUACCGCCCUGUUUGAGGAGUGCUCUCGCUUCCUGUCACGCACUGUGGAUGUAAAGAACUGCCUGCAGAUAAUGUGGUUGGCAGACAGACACAGUGACCAGGAGUUGUAUACGGCUGCCAAACACUGUGCAAAGAUUCACCUUGUUCAGCUGCACAAGACAGACGAGUUCCUGAACUUGCCAUUGUGUCUGCUCUUGGACAUCAUUAAAGAUGGUGUGCCAAGCUCACAAAAUCCAACUGGAGCAAUUGAGUCUUGGAUAAAUUACAACAAAGUUGAGCGAGAGGAGUAUUCAGAUAUGCUCCUAGACAGCCUAAAGGAGAUUGGUGAAAAGGUGCACAUUUACCUAAUUGGGAAGGAAGACACACGCACACACUCAUUGGCUGUGUCUCUUCAUUGUGGUGAGGAUGAUGCCAUCAGCGUGAGUGGCCAAAACAGCCUGUGUCACCAGAUCACGGCUGCAUGCAAGCAUGGGGGUGACCUGUACGUUGUUGGUGGGUCCAUACCACGUCGCAUGUGGAAAUGCAACAUGCACACUAUGGACUGGGAGCGCUGCGCCCCUCUUCCUCGGGACCGUCUACACCACACAUUAGUGUCUGUAUCCUCAGAGGAUGCCAUAUACUCCUUGGGAGGUAAGACCCUUCAGGACAGUCUCUCCAAUGCUGUCAUUUAUUACAAAGUACAGGACAACAUAUGGACAGAGACCGCUCAAUUAGAUUUGGCUGUCUCGGGUGCAGCGGGAGUCAAUUUGGGAGGCACGAUUUACCUUUUGGGUGGGGAGGAAAAUGAUAUGGACUUCUUUACCAAACCGUCUCGCCUUAUCCAGUGCUUUGACACAGCCACGCAGAGGUGCCAAACCAAGCCCUACAUGCUGCCUUUUGCAGGAUGCAUGCAUGCCACUGCUCAUAAGGACCUUAUAUUUGUAAUGGCAGAGGGCGACUCUUUGGUGUGCUAUAACCCACUGCUGGACAGUUUCACCCGUUUACGGUUCCCUGAAAUGUGGAGCUGCGUGCCAUCUCUAUGGAAAGUCGCCAGCUGCAAUGGGUGCAUCUAUGUUUUUAGGGACAGAUGCAAGAAAGGUGAAGCAAACACUCUGAAGUUGAACCCUGCCACAUCAGUGGUUUCUGUGAUCAAGGGAAUGAAAAUCCUCCUCACAAACUGGCAGUUUGUUUUGGCCUGAUUUCUUAAUGUUCCCAAGUAAUGAAUGGGAUCAAGAAAAAAAUAAUGCCACUGUUUAUGGUGAUCCAUUCAAUACCAGUCAAGGUGUGCGAUUUGUUGAUCUAAUAGACACCAGUGGUUUUUGACUAUGCUACAGUGCUACAAGCAGUCAUGUGAAGUGUUACGCAGUAGGAUACCAUAGAAGGACAAAUGUAAUUUACAGAAAGUGACACUCUUGCACAUUUAAAAUUUAGGAUCAAUUUAUUCCUAAAGUGGUGUGUUUGUGUUCAGUUCAUUUUGUUAGGAUUUGAAUAUGAUAUUUGUGUUUAUUCCCAACUAUUGACAUUCCACAGCAGAAAAGUUUCUACAAUCUACAAUAACUCAUUUGCGCACAUUCACUGAAUUGCUUGCAAUGUAUACUGCUUUAAAUUUGUGAUUAGGUUACAUAUAGUAUGUGUAAUAUAGUAAAUGGUUUUAAAUGUCUACCAAUAUACACAGUAAAGAGAAGUACUCAGAUUAACAGAAUGCCAGACAACAGUCAACAACAUCAAUUUUAGGAGAACUGUCAAAGACCAUUUAAAAAAGCUUGCAGUAAUAGUGUAGAAGGAGCAUGCUCAUAUAGUCCUACAAAUUGCCACUCUCUUAAUGCCCACUGACAGUUCCUCCUGAGUCCCCUCUCAACUACUCUUUCUCAGUGGUUUAUGAUAAAGCAGGGGACCCUUUGAAUUAGGUCAGUAUCCACCUCAAGAUAAUUUAUAGAUUUUGUGCCACAACUUGAUCCUCCGCAUGCAUUAUAUGGACAUACAGACUGUUUAAUGUCUGCCAGAGACAUGAUCCAUUUUAAAGCGAUUGUUUGAUAAAAAAAAAAAAAAUGUAAUUCUUUGAAAUUAAAAAUCUUAUUUACUCCCCCCUCAUGUUGUUCUAAACUUAAGACUUCUGUGGUACACUAAAGGAGAUGUUAGGCAGAACAUCUCAAUUACCAUUCAUUUUAAUUGCAUCUUUUUUUCCAUACAAUGAAAGCUUGAAUCAGGCUAGCAUUCUGCUAAAUAUUUACAUGGGUUUCUUUGGAACAAAAUUAUGUUAAGUAAAUGAUUACAAUUUGUGGUUGAACUAUCCAUUUAAUAGAGAUGGCAUAUUAUUGUUGACCUCAAGGGCUGGUGCACAAUAUUGUUAAUAAAAAUAAAUGAUUUGAUAAAAAGGAAUUUACAGGUUGAGACUUUCAUGUAUGUCUGUGCUACUCAACUGUGCACUGUUGGCCAACAUUUCUCUUGAAUUAUAGGUUGCAACUUAGUAAUUUGUUUCAUGUUUCACCCUUUGUCUAACGUUAUGAAUACCAACAGAACCAUGAAAAAUUUAAGGACUAUCAUGAUGUAGCCUAUUAAAUUUAAGAAAGUUCUAGAAGUAAAUUCAAAGGCAUAGUUCACCCAUAAAUGUAAUUUACACAUUCUUGUGUUGUUCCAAGCUCUUAUGACUUUCUGUCUUCCAUGAAACACAAAAGGCGAUCUUCGGGGAUAUGAAAUUCUUUGUCACCAUUUAAUUUUAUGGCAUAAUUUUUUCAUGUAAUGAAAGUGAAUGCAGGCUGAGGCUAACAUUCUGAACUAACCCUUUAAGGCCACACUAACUAAAAGAUAUAAAGUUAAUCGACAAAAGAUGGAAGUUUUUAAUGCUCUCUUUUUUGCCCUCUUUUAGUGCAAACUUACGAAGACAUGCAUGUGUUAUUUGGGUGUGUUUUUCUUGAAGUUUUACAUGGUCUUAAAUGUUUCUUUAUAUUAGAAGAAAAUGUUUUAUGGUGGACUACGUUAAGUAAACUCUGUUUUCUGAUAUCUGAAAUCACGGGACAAAUAAUCAGAUCUUAAUAUUUUUAUGUAAUAGCUUGAACCUUUAAUGAAGCAAAAUUCCUUCUAUUCCAUAUGUAUAUAAAGAGAGAGACAGAAUACAUGUAAUAGCUACAUUGGCUACUAUUUUUUGUUACUAUUUUAUUACAUGUACAACAGUUCCCACAAAGUGCUGAGGCAGUGUGUUAGUGUUUCAGGAAUUGUGUUAUAACAAAGACAUGACUUACAACCACCAGACGUUUAUCUUUGAACAGAUAAACUAUCUUGUGAAUGGCUAGGCGUUAAAUACUCCUAUUUGUAUCCAUGAAGCUGGGUGUGAGGGGGUAUGGAAAGGAGGGAGAAUGGCAGGUUCAGAUGAGAACCCGACAAUUAGAUCCCAUUGAUGUGUUUCAAGAAGCAGUGGUACUGUAACUCAAGACAAAUACCAUGUCAGACUUUGUGGAACUAUUCUAAGCAUCAAUUGCUGACACCAAGCCUGGGGGGCUGGGAGGUGGCACAC